GUUAUUUAAACACCCUUCUCAGUAGCUGUAAGUUGAGAAAAUUAAAGCAAAAUUAGAAAAUGGGUUUUGUUGAUUACGUGACACAGAAUUUGGGUUCAAGAAAAAAGAAGAAACGAAAGCCAAACCAGAAAGUGGAAAUCAAGGUGAAGAUGGACUGUGAUGGGUGUGAGAGGAAAGUUAAAAAUGCUGUCUCCUCCAUUAAAGGAGUGAAGUCAGUGGAGGUGGACAGGAAACAAAGCAAGGUAACAGCGGUUGGAUAUGCUGAGCCAAACAAGGUCUUGAAAAAGGUUCAAAGCACAGGAAAGAGGGCUGAGUUUUGGCCUUAUGUCCCCUACAACUUGGUUGCUUACCCUUACGUUGCUCAAGCCUACGACAAGAAGGCGCCCGCUGGCUACGUCAAGAACGCCGCUCAAGCGUUCCCGCUCGCACAGGCACCCGACGAGAGGCUCACUGUGAUGUUCAGUGACGAAAAUCCCAAUGCAUGUUCGGUUAUGUAGCAAAAUAUAUAUGGCCAUGGUGACAUAUGGAGAAUUAAUUAGGGUUUCAUAAGCUUUUUAUUAUCAAUAUAUUUCUGUUUCUUUAUAUAAAAUAAUAAUAAUAAUAAAUAAUUACCCCAA